AAAAAAAAAAAACGCGUAGAGGAACGAAUUCCCAAGACUCCGUCCAAGUGGCUUUUUCUUCCCCCUCUACAAAAUGACCAGUCCGACGGAAAAAGGGAGCCACGGCAGAAGUCUUUCUGUUAUUUAGCUUUCUCCUAAAGGUGGUUGUGGGAGAGAGGGAUCUCUUUUGCUCAUUGAGAUCUCAUUUUGUUUCAGUUACCCUCGGAGUUACACCUAACUGCCAAGAAAAUACGCACUCGGCUUUUCAUGGCAUCUGCUGUUUCCUCUGAGAAUGUCUGUGUGAGUCCCACCAUGGCGAGAUUACUUCGUGAUCUCGCGCGCAACCUCGAACAAGAAUCCUCACCCCUGAAUGGAGUCAGGGAAGAAGUUGGGAGUCUCCAUGGGAGAUUGAGGGCCAUCCAGGCCGUGCUGGAAGAUGCGGAGGAGAAGCAGCUGAGAGAUCAGCUGGUGAAAGACUGGCUCAGGGAGCUCAGAGAGUUGGCGUGCGAUGCAGAAGACAUGUUCGACUCUCUCAUCACUGAUGCUCGCCUGCUGCAGCACAGAGAUCAUCAUCUGGUUAGUAACUUGGAAAUCCCUGCUCAUGUGUUUAAAGCUCAGGUUACAGACCUUUUAGGAAGACUAGAUGGGAUUGACAAGAGGAGAGAGAAACUGCUGCUUAGUCGGGAGAGAGUGGGUGGGGGCGAUAAAGGGAGGCGUCCUAGAACCGACACGAGCCACUUAGAGCAUGCGCAAUUUGUCGUGGGCAGGGAGGACGACAUCAGCGCUGUCAUAAAGCUGCUGCUGACCGACGAUCCCGAUAAUGGAAGUGAUGAUGGUGUAUCCGUCAUCCCCAUCAUUGGGAUGGGAGGGCUGGGCAAAACCACCUUAUCCCAUAAAGUCUUCGAACACGGGGCGGUGGGUGAGCGUUUUAAGUCUAGAAUGUGGGUUUGUGUCAGCGACGAUUUCGACCUGAAAAGAAUCUUGAGGGAGAUGAUAAAGUUCCACUCUAAGAUGCCUAUUGACUUGAACAUCUCCGAAGCUACUCUAGAGUCUCGAAUCCUAGAGUUUCUAGAAGGCAAGCCUUUCUUGCUUGUUCUUGACGAUGUGUGGCCUGAGGAUUGUGGGGGUGAAUGGGAAAGACUAAAGAUUGUGUUAAACAAGGGGGGAAAGGGGAGUAAAGUCUUGAUCACCAGCCGAACUGAGAAAGUUUCCGAGAUUAUGGUCACUCACAAGCCCUAUAGACUGGGAUGCUUGCCAGAGGACAAAUGUUUGUCCCUGUUUAAUAAGAUUGCAUUUAAAGGUGAGGCAUGUUUUAGUGGGUUGAGGAAAGAGUUGGAACAAAUAGGAAAGCGGAUUGUGCAGAAGUGCAAGGGCUUGCCUCUGGCAGUGAAGGCAAUGGCUGGUCUGCUGCGUGACAUAGUAGACAUCCGCGAGUGGAAGGCAAUCCUUAGAAGUGAGAUUUGGGAAGUGGAUGAGACGAAACUGGAUGAUAUGGGAAGAGUUCGCGUAUUGCCUGCAUUGCAGUUGAGUUACUACCAUCUGCCAUCCACUCUGAAGCAGUGUUUCGCAUACUGCUCCAUCUUUCCCAAGGCCUACGUCUUCAAGAGAGAGGAUUUGGUUAAACUGUGGAUGGCAGAAGCAUUUCUCCAACCCGGAGGCAUAGACAAGAGCCCGCAGGAAGUUGGUUCUGAAUAUUUUGAUGAAUUAUUGAUGAGGUCAUUCUUUCAAUUCUCCGACAUGGACGGCAAAGUCGUAUAUAAGAUGCAUGAUCUUAUUCAUGACAUGGCUGUGUCUGUGUCGAAGCCUUAUUGCGUUCUAGUAAAAGGAACUGGGUCAAGUAGAAGUUCUGUAGCUUCACGGCACGUGUCAUUGAUGUGUGAAAAUGCUGAGCAACCUCUCUCCGAGGUUAUUGCCAAUUCAAAGAAGCUUCGGACACUCCUACUCCCUACCGAUUACUUGAAGAACUUUGGCCAAGCCCUUGGCAUGCUUUUUCAUUCUCUUCCAUACAUGCGUGCCCUGGAUCUGAGCUCAAGUGAGCUCAAGCAAUUGCCAGACAGCAUUGCGGAGCUUAAACUCUUGCGGUAUCUCGAUCUUUCCCAAACGGAAAUCCAGGCACUCCCCAAUUCAAUUUGCCGUCUAUACAAUUUGGAGACCCUGAAACUUCUAGGGUGUCGUUGGCUUUUCACACUGCCAGAGGACCUUGCGGACCUAGUCAACUUGUGCCAUCUUGAACUAGAUGGCAUGUUUUGGUUUAAGGCUACUAGCUUGCCACCAAGAAUGGGGAACUUAACUAAACUCCAGAAUUUGCAUUCGUUCAUUGUCGGCCAAGACCCAGGACAUGGAAUCAGAGAACUGAGUCAUCUGGCAUGCCUGGUCGGAACUCUACACAUUUCAAAGCUUGAAAAUGCAUGGGAUGCAGCUGAAGCGAACUUGAAAGAGAAGGCAAACCUCCAAAAGGUGGUGUUCCAGUGGAGCUCCACGUCUGACCGAGAACAUGAGGAAGUUGAUCAUGCGAGGAUCUUUGAAGACCUUCGGCCACAUAAAAAUGUCGAGGUACUCCAAGUUUCAUACUACAAGGGCAGUGCCUUCCCCAGUUGGCUAAGAGAUGGGGUGGUCGACAACCUUGUUUCAGUUUCAUUAACCCAUUGUAUUAACUGUAAGAUACUCUCGCUUGGCGAUUUGCUCCACCUGAGAGAGCUGAACCUAAAAGGAAUGGCGGAAUUGGAAGAAUGGCUGGGUGAAGGGCCAUCCCUCAGGAGACUAAAACUGAGUAGUUGCCCUAAGCUUAGAGUACUACCUCGCAUGUUUCCCAGCAUGCGAGUAAUGAAGAUAAAAAGGUGUGAUGGUUUGGAGGUUCUCCCAGUGACUCCACAUCUGCAAUUUCUCACUCUGGAUAGCAACUCCAGCCUCAAGGGUUGGCAAGAAGUACAAAUCCGAUUCCUUCUUCCGAAUGAGCGAGGACAAUAUGUAGCGGUGCACAGAUGGUCGCAUAUGAAUCUUUUGGAAAUGAUGGUAACUAGAUGUCCCAAGUUGGAGGGACUGCCUAAGAAAUUUGCACCACAGAAGCUAGAGAUACAUCAUUGUGAACUUAUCAACGAACUCCCAUCCCAGGAAUUUGCUUCCCGUCUACAGCAUCUAGCAUUGGUUGGGUGUAAUGAUGGGACACUGGUGAGGGCAAUACCCUACACAGCAUCAUUGGUCUCUUUGGUGAUAUCCGGAAUUUCAAACCUCUCCAUUUUCCCGGAAUGGCCUCCGCUUCCGGGGCUGGAGGCUCUCUACAUCCACGACUGCCAAGAUCUGGAGUCCUUGUCUGCUGGGAAAGGAGGGUCAUUGCAAGCUUUGGCAUCUGUCAAGCUACUGUCUGUUCGGAACUGUCCAAGGCUCAUAACGCUAGCUGUCAAAGGGUUGCCCCUGCAACUGGAGUGCCUGAGCAUCAGUUCGUGCCCUAACUUACGGUCUCUGGGUCCCAAGGGUACGGUUACCAGUCUCACUCAGCUCAAGAAUGCUUACAUUUUGGAUUGCCCGGUGUUGGAUUCGCUCCCAGAAGAUGGUUUCCCAGUAUCGGUUGAACAUUUACACAUAGAAAACUGUCCUCUCCUGCGGGAUCGACGCGAUGGAGCAGAGGGUGGAGGUCCAGAUUGGCCGAAGAUCAAUAAAAUCCCAGACCUGGUGAUGAUUGAUUCAAGCCCGUCCUCCACCUCAUAUCAGAUCCCCAAUGCGGAAAUCCUUGGGGCCUUCUCUGCUUUGAGGAGCCUCUUUGCUUUAGGCCCAGUCAACCCCGAUGAUCCCGAGCUACAAAGCUCUUCAUUUGAUGAAGCUAUCCAUGUAAUACAUGCAUUAGACCAAUCUUAUGGCCUUAAUAGCCACCAGGUGGAAGGGCUACAUCGCUUGGAAAUGGAUUGGAGACGUAUCGCCAGUGCAGCAUCAGCUGCUAAAAGGGACCAAGAGCAGCUCCUGGGGCAUCUUUCAGCUAUGAACCAUUUUAAAACUUCCCUGCUUGAUACAGUAUCAAGGCAUGAAACUCUAAAACAACAAGGUGAGCUGCUCGAGCGUCAGGAUGAGGAGGACCAGCUGAAGAUAAAAGAACUCAAGGCUCGCUUGGAACGUGUGAAGGCUCAGAGCGCUCAAAUCAAGUCCCAGAGAUUAGCCAAUUUUGACCGGGCCAAGCAACUGAGCCUUCAAUUCAGCCAACUCGGAAGGGAAGCCGGGCAGCAUGAGAAGAGAAUGACGGAGGCAGGAACUUCACUCUCCAGCGCUGAGCAACAAUGGGGUGCUUUCAGGGAUACCAUAGUUGAAGUCACUUCCUUGUUCGAGUGACCAACGAUAAUACUGCCAUGUUCUAAUAAGUUAAAGGAGUGUGUUAUGAGGAUUGCCUAUAUAUUCAUUUAAAUUUCUUUCUGAUGGAUGUAUUCAUAUAAAUUCUAAAUUUGAAUAUGUAAUCAGCUGAUGAGUCACUGCGUUUGGGGAUUUCUAAAGAGUCUGAUCUGUUUGUAUCCUAUUUUAUCUAACACCCUGCAGCUUUCUUUGUAUUGCAACAUUCUUUA